UAGGAAUAAUAACAACUAGAUUUAAUGUGAACUAAAUUUUAGUUUUAUUAUACUAGAUCGCAAACGUAUUUGGAAUGUGAUCUAGUAUAGGCAAUUGUCAAAAUUUUCUAAUGAGUUGAUGGUAAAUACUAUCAAAUUAUAGUGACUAAAACUCGACAAUCAAACAAGUAAAAAUAUGGCCACAAAUAAUUUAAAAGGAAAUUCAAGUGUGCGACAGUGUUCCCCUGUUCCUAUGCGCCAGUGUUCCCCUGUUCGAAAAAAGCCAAGUAUAGAAUACAGUGACGCAGAGAUAUCUAUCGCAACUACCAAGAGCUUUUCUGCUGAUAAUGGCACACAGACACAUAACAAGCCAUCAAUGCCACAAACUAACAGCGCUCCGAUUCCUUAUCCAAAGAACACGAGGCAUCUGAUUCCUCGCCCUAAAGUCAAACGGAAAAAAGUUAAAUAUAUGGAUUGGAGAAGAUAUCACAAAUUAAGCGUCAUUUAUGCGUUCAUUGAUGAUUUAGAAAGAGAUUAUCCAGCAAUAUGCACUGUAUAUGUUAUUGGGAAAUCAAUUGAAGGAAGAGAUAUUAAGAUGUUGAAGAUAUCAAACAGCGAUGCAAGUAACUCCUCCGUGUGGGUGGACGGUGCGAUUCAUCCCCGCGAAUGGAUAACCGCCGCUGUGGUCACGUUUAUAGCAGAAAAUAUUGUUAAAGCCUUCAAUAGUCUCUCCACAUCCAUGACUAAUAAGGACUGGCACAUUGUUCCUGUCUUAAAUCCUGACGGCUAUGAAUACUCACACACAAAAGAUCGCAUGUGGAGGAAAAACAGAGCUAGUUAUGACGGAAAUUGUGUAGGCGUUGAUCUGAAUAGGAACUUCAGUUUCGGUUGGGGUCACAAUGGAGAAGAAGGCUCAUCUGAAGAACCAGAGAAUAUAUUCUACAGAGGGCCAACGCCAUUUUCGGAACCAGAAACUGCAGCUGUCAGGGAUUACAUCCUUGGAUCACCAAAUCAAUUUAAAGUAUUCCUGUCAUUCCAUAGCUAUUUCGAGAUGAUAAUAUUCCCCUGGGGUUUCAAAAAGGAUCCUUGCCCAGACUACUUAAACCAAAUGGAAGCAGGAAUGCGGAUGGCGAAAGCAAUCUACGACUACAGUGGGAUAACAUAUAAAGUCGGUUGCACCAAGGACUUGACGUACUAUGCUUGUGGGACGUCGGUAGACUGGAGUUACGGGAUCGCCAACAUCCCUUACUCUUUCAUGAUAGAGCUCAGAAGCAGAAAGUACAAGUUCCGACUGCCGAGAGACCAAAUAUUUGACACUUGCAUGGAGAGUUGGUGCGCAAUCAAAAGCUUGAUGGACUACGUUGAUAAUCCUUCAUAUCCAUUGCACAAGUAUACACAAAGGAAAAGCACGAAAUGAUGUAAUUAACUUCUUCUUUGGCGGCUUCUUCAGUUUCAAAAUGUCAACUCAUACAAAGAAGACCAAUGAAUCCAGCAGAAAAUUGAAGACGAGAUUUUCAGCCGGAAGAUUAUGCUUUUUAUGCAGUAUAAUCACGCUUGUACUAUUUUGUAAUUUUAAGUGACGUUUAAUAAAGUACAAAAGGAAUUUUAA